AUGCAAAUUGACAAUUCCAAACCAUUAAUUAUCACUGGAAACUCUCUAGGAGGGUCUAUUGCCACUCUUUUCACCUUAUCGUUGUUAGAAAAAUUCAAAAUUUCAACCACCAAACACCCACUUUGCAUCACUUUUGGCUCACCCCUCAUUGGUGAUGAAGGCCUUCAAGAAGCCAUAUCAAACUAUCCAGCAUGGAACUCUUGCUUUUUACACGUGGUUUCUGACCAUGAUCCAGUUCCUAGAGUCUUAAUUAAUGGUUACAAGCCAUUUGGCACAUUUCUCAUAUGUUUGGAGUUGGGUUCUUCUUGUUUUGAAGACCCCCAAACCAUUUUGGAGUUGUUGAUGGCAGCCUAUUUAGGGAGUCCUGGAAAUCUAGAUCCUAAUAAGGUUUUUGAGUCCUAUGGAACAUUUGUGGAGCAUCUCAACCGAAAGAAACUUUGCAAGGAUACUACCUAUCAUGAGUCGUUAAUUGAUUGGACAACACUACCAUUACAAGCAAGAAUUAUUACAAAACUAGCAGCAAUUGGACUGGUGCGAUCACAGCCACUGCAGAACAUUGAUAUCAACAUUAUCAUUGCGAAGACAGAAAAACGGGAAAAAGCGAUGGCAAUGUUAAACAAGCAGGCUUUUGAUCCCACCAGGGGGUUGAAUGAAAUAAAAGUAAAUAUGGCGUAUCUAGAACAGUAUAAGAAAGUGUCUAAAAACAACAGAAUUGGAUACUAUGACAAGUAUAAGAUUAAAAACCCUAUUGGAAUGACCACGACUGAUAUGGAUCUGGUAAAGUAUAAAAAAUCCCUCACAAGUUAUUGGGAAGAAAUGGUUGAUCAAGCAGAGAAAAGGCCCUAGACAUUAGGCCGCCCCCUUCGUACCUGAUUGCUCUUUGAGGGACCAAAUUACCGAAGGAUAAUUGAGCCACUAGACAUAGCUGACUACUACAACAAGGGCCUAAUAGACUACAUAAAUAAAGGAAGGUCUAAACAUUACAUACAAUUGGAGCAAUGGCUGAAAGAAACUAAAAAACCUUCAAGUGUUCCAAAUGAAUUGAAGAAACAGAAUGUGGUGUCAAGUCUAACAGAGGAUUCUUGCUUUUGGGCACAUGUUGAGGAGGCUCUAAUUUCAUGCAAAUUGCUGAGUAGCGGAGAAUCAAGUGAUGAGGAGAAAGACUCUGCAAAGAAAAAACUGAUUGAGUUUGAAAAGUAUGUAUUUGAUUCGAUGAAAAAUUAUGCAAUAUCUUCCGAGAUUUUCUUACCUAGGAGUAGCUUCAUGAAAGGGUGGGGAGAGUAUAGAGAGAUUAUGAGAACUUCUUAUAGCUCUAGUCUCUCUAACUUAUUGAAGAAUGACAACAAUUACGAGACAUAUGCUAAUGGCUCCCUAGAGUUUCCUUUAAAUUUUGUAUGA